AUGGUCUGCGACUUUGACCUGCUGAGUGGACUAAAGAUGGGGGAGCAAGGUGGUUGGCUGGAGGCUAACAGAGGAGACUGGGUGGCCAUUUUGGAUUCCCAGACCGGUGCAGCCAAGGGCCCAGGGCAGAACGUCACUGACCAGGCCGGGACCAGAGGCGACAUAGUGGAGGUCAGUGGAUGGGACAGCGCCCUCAACUCUGGGCCUGGGAUCAACACUGUUAACCACAACCAGAAACAGACGGUCGAACACAAAACCACAACUGAACUUAGUCUCCAUGACAACAGACUGGCUGAGACCACGGCGGGGCGUAGAGUUGGUCUGCGGGGACGGGGAGGUGUCUGUAUGCGGCUGGAGAGAACAGAUACAGACUCCGCUAGCGAUGCUCCGUCCUGCUCCUAUAGUUGUGAUUCAGAGAGACUGAUGGUGCCUCAGGUUAACUCCCUUACAGGUGCUGCCUUCAGCCUGCCUUCUAUAGGAUCUAUCAACUGGAACAUGAACCCUGUGACAACACCGACACUCCCUGGCCUUCGUCCUCCUCACACUCUCCUAAUGUUAAACCAGACCUCAGACAAUGUCUGUGCCUCAACGCUAAAUGGCUACACAAGCCCAUUGACAAAUAACAGUAGUAGAGACGGAAUCAGUAAAGAAAAGCGUUUCCCGUGUUUGUUCUGUGGGAAAGCUUUUAGUUUCCCCAAACAGGUGGAGAUCCACCAGAGGAUACACACGGGGGAGAAACCGUUUGGCUGCCACCUGUGCCGGGCCCGUUUCUCCCGAUCGACCCACCUGAAGAGGCACCAGAGGGUCCACACAGGGGAGAAACCCUACAGCUGCCCCCAGUGUGAGAAGAGGUUCUCCCACCAGCACAAUAUGAAAGUGCACCUGAAGGUCCACACGGGAGAGGCCGUUCGCAUGUACGCACUGCGGGAAGAGGUUCUCAGAGAGGAGCUACAUCAGGAUACACCAGCAGAAAAUGCACACGGCCCAUGUAUAGAGUAUAGUGACAUGUAAUGUAGUACUAGUUAGUUUGUCAAAUGCCUGGUGACUGGGUUCAUAGAAAGCCUGGGCCUGGGUCUAGCUUUCCUCAGCUACCUCAGUGUUACCCCACCAAUACAGACAGGGUCAGGAUGGGCGUUAAACACGAAAGUUACCUAGCCUAUAACACAGCACACAAUCCCAACAACACCCAUAACAAUGUCUAGAGGAGGGAUCUCAAAGACUAACCACCUGAGGGUGGUGGCUCCUGCUUCACCCUCCUCUGGUGUCAUUGGGUCACAACGUGGGAGGCUGAGCAUUAGGAUGGACGCUGACAAGCCGUACGGCUGCCCCACGUGUGGGAAGCACUUUACUGAGGCGAACUGUGAAUAAGCACCAGACCGUUCACACCAAGGAGAGGCCCUUCAAGUGCAAACUAUGUUACAAGAGCUUCUCCUUCCUGACUAGCCUUAUCAGACAUAGGAGUGUCCACAAUGGGGAGAAAUCUUAGCAGUGUGGCUUGAGAUGUACACAGGGGAUUUCUGGGAGCCAUUCUGUGGUGACAUAUUAUAGUUAUCAUGUCUAGUGUUUUGGGGUAAGAGGGUAAUUAAUCACAUACCCCUCAUUAACCCUUCGUUAACUUGUCAUUUGAAACAGGCUUAAAGAAAUACCUGUUUUUAGAGAGAUAGUAAACCUAUGCUAGAACAAAGACUGUUGAAUAGUUACCUUACCAAAGUGAUGUAGAUGGAAUAAAGUCAUUCAUUCUAGUAUUUUCUACUCUAGUCUUGCUAAGACACUGUUCUUUAAAAAUAAAAAUAAAAGUCUGGUCUCAGCUUGAAAGAUA